ACCGAUGCGUGUGAGAGCACUCUGCAAAAGAUGUCGUCGUUUCCUCAACGCGACACCUGUCGCACGCUCGCUGGGGACGCUGACGCCAGUCCAGACUGGAGCAGCACCACGCCGGGAUGCACAACAGCAACGGUUGAAGAAGCGGACUUUGCAAAUUGGCGAUUUCGGAAAGCAGCAGCAGUGGGAGAUGGCCCUUGGAGUGAUGCGCAGGAUGCGUCAAGAGCUCCUACAGCCCAGCAUUUUCACAUUUAGCGCUUUGGCCACGGCCUGCUCAAGGGGGAAUCAAUGGGAACCACCUCUGCAGCUGCUCUCAGAAAUGCAACGAGAGAUAGUUCAUCCAGAUGCCCAUUUCUUCAGCACCCUUAUCUCCGCUUGUGCCAUGGGUCAGGAAUGGGAGCGAUCCUUGAAACUCUUCGAAGAACUCCAGGAGUACAGGCUUCAACCGAACCUGGUCACAUACAAUGCUACCAUGAAUGCUUGCUCCAAAGGAUGGCAGUGGCAAGGUGUCUUGUCGCUCUUUAGCGACUUGCUUGUUUCAAACACUCGGCCCGAUGGCAUGAGCUUCGCAACUUGUAUCACUGCCAAUGGUAAUGCCUCCUUUUGGGAGCGUUCCUUGGAACUUUUUCAUGAGAUGCAAAGGAAACUGAGAGCCGAUGUGGUGAGUUUCAGCUCGAUCAUCAAUGCCUGCGGCGUGGGCAGUGCAUGGCAGAUGUCCCUGAAGUUCCUGGCCCAUUUGAGGGUCUAUGACCUUCGGCCCAACGUGGCAACCUAUGGGGCGGCCAUCGCUGCUGUGGAGCGUGGAAGCCAAUGGUCACAGGCCCUGGCCCUUCUGAAGCAGAUGGAACGGGAUCAAUGUCAUCCCAACACCAUCAGCCUUGGCGCAUCACUGGUGGCGUUGCAGAGAGGACUUCGAUGGCAACACGCGAUGAAUUUGAUGCAUUACUAUGGACUUGAGGACGAAACUUCAAAGGACUUGCAAAGUUCUCCGAGAGCGCAGAAGAGCUGUGUUCCUCGGGAUAACGAGUCUGUGAAGGACCCAUCCAGAGAUGCGUUGCCAGGACGGGAAGGAAAUGAUUGGAACGCAAAACGGAUGAAAGCAAAGUUGUUGAACAGCACAGCUGCAAUCAAGGCACAUCUUGACAUGUCAGAUUGGGCAAAUGCCCUGAGACUUUUUUCGGAGAUGCGGGACAGCGCCGUCCCGCCAGAUGGUAUCGCCUAUUCGCUGGCGAUCAGAGCCAGUGGCUUGGGUGCUCAAUGCGAUCGGCUUGUGGUUUUUUCUCAUGAAAUAUUGAGGCAGAACAUUCCAAUCGACAUGGCUUCCUUAGUGGAAGCCACUAGUGCCUGCAAAGAGCAGGAGCAAUUGUUUGCAAUCGCACGACAAAUAAUCCGAGAGAAAGAUGCACGCUUGGUGUCAGGCCGCGAAGCUUCGGAGGAGCCUCGGAUUCUUCGAAAAAGAGUGGACUGCAUUAUACCGGUGCAUGAAAAGGACUUCGAGAGCCUCGGCCAUAGUGUGAAAUCUCUGCGACGCUUCUCUUCGGAGGUCAGACGAAUUGUUGUCAUCAGUCGAUCAGACCCGGGCUUGACAGACUGUGACGUGGAGUGGCUGGAUGAGGCCUCUGAACUCUGGCCGUUCCAAGUUUCAGAGUUGCAGCAUUGUGGCUGUGGGCCUGGAUGGUUGCUUCAGCAGCUCUUGAAGCUAUAUGCUCCCUUGCUGGUAGAUGGUCUCACUGACCAUGUCUUGGUGUGCGACGCUGAUGUGGUUUGGCUCCAGCCAGUUGAGUUUCUGUCAUCCACAGGCGCCUUCCUCUGCACCUUUGACACGGACAGUUGUCCACCGAUCCGAAGUGCAGUCGAUUUGCAUCGUUACGAUAGCUUUGUUCCCAGCAUGCUUCCGGGCCUGGAAAAAGCCAGGCCCGGCAAAGAGACGGCAGUUUGCCAUCACAUGGUGUUUCAGCAAGCCAUCCUCAAGCAGCUCAUGUCAGAGGUUGAAUCUUCUUGGCAGUGUCCCUUCUGGAAAGCUUUCGCAGCAGCUGCCCAGCAGUUGAAUGGCCGAGCAUCGGAGUAUGAACUCUAUGGCGCGUAUGCUCGCAGUCGUUUUGCUUCGCAGGUGACCGUGCGACCCUUGCCCUUCGCCGUGGUUGCAGACAUUGAGGCCGCCAUCAACAGGACGAAGCCAUGCAUUUUUGCUGUGGCACAUUCGCAUCUGCGUGGUUUGCCAGCCGAGGAGUUGCAAGAUCGCGAAGGCAUCAUCAAUGGCAACACAGAAGCAGAGAACCUGCGCUGUAUUCUGCAGAAGCAACCUAAAGAACUUCGAGAGCUCUUGUUGGCAAGUGGCAUGAUGGAAUGA